CCCCAGUCCAUUUGCCAUUUGGAACGUGACGUCAAAGGGGCUAUAAAACUCAGCCUGGCUUUUAAAGGGCUCUGCUGAAUGAUCCUUUAAAAAUCCUAUCUGCCUGGCAGUGGGUGCUCGUCUAUCUCUCUCUCCCCCUGUACAGCCAGUAUCAUCAUCAUCAUUAUUAUCAUUUUUUUGGAUGGUAAAGGGGGUGGGGUGGGGAGAGCCAAGAGUGAAAGGAAAGAAGACUCUGCAUUACCUCCUGCAAACUUCAGCCCAGCCUGAGAAUGAAGUGUUAAAGCAUCAAAAGACUUUCAGACUUCUUCUUCUUCUUCAUAGAACGCUCAAAAACCCAGAAUUCUAAGAAAGAAUCCAGACUUUUUUCCUCCCUCCCAUGCAGGAUUUGCUGCAAGAAACCAUGCCAUUGCCCUAGGGAAGGGCUGGACCUGUUCAUUAUUUUUUUCCCAUUCAUUAUUUUUAAAAUUUUGGACAAUUUUUUUUAAAAAUUAAAAAUCAGCCAAAGUGGCUCACCCAGACCCAGUGCCAGGUCAGAGCAGCCUGGUGCCCCCUCUGCCACCCCUGUGGAGGGCUGUGAGCAGCAGAAGGAUGGCCUCCGAUCUGGCCAUGAGCAGCUCCGACCUGCCCACCAGUCCCCUGGCCAUGGAAUAUGUUAAUGACUUCGAUCUGAUGAAGUUUGAGGUGAAGAAGGAGCCGGUGGAGACCGACCGCAUCAUCAGCCAGUGCGGCCGCCUGAUCGCCGGGGGGUCUCUCUCCUCCACCCCGAUGAGCACGCCCUGCAGCUCGGUUCCCCCUUCCCCCAGCUUCUCGGCUCCCAGCCCGGGCUCCGGCAGCGACCAGAAGAGCCACCUGGAAGACUACUACUGGAUGACCGCCUAUCCCCAGCAGAUCAACCCGGAGGCGCUGGGCUUCAGCCCGGAGGACGCGGUGGAGGCUCUGAUCAGCAGUAACCCCCAGCAGCAGCCGCCCCACCACCCGCACCAGCAGCCGCAGCAGCUCCAGGGCUAUGAGGGCUUCAGGGGCCAGCAGUACUCCUCGUCCGGGGGGGGCAUCCCUGGAGAAGACAUGGGGUCCCAGGCGGCCGCAGUGGUGUCUGCGGUGAUCGCAGCGGCGGCAGCCCAGAGCGGGGCGCCCCACCACCACCACCAUAACCACCACCACCCCGGGCACCCUGGAGGAGUGCAGUCCGCGGGAGGGGGUGGUGGAGGUGGUGGCAGCUCUCCGUCCUCCUCGGUGGUCGGCGGUCUCCAGCCCCACCACCACCACCAUCACCACCACCACCUGCACUUUGAUGACCGGUUCUCGGACGAGCAGCUGGUGACCAUGUCGGUGAGGGAGCUGAACCGGCAGCUGCGGGGGGUGAGCAAGGAGGAGGUGAUCCGGCUCAAGCAGAAGAGGAGGACCCUGAAGAACCGGGGCUAUGCCCAGUCCUGCCGCUUCAAGAGGGUCCAGCAGAGGCACGUCCUGGAGUCCGAGAAGAACCAGCUGCUGCAGCAGGUGGAGCACCUCAAGCAGGAGAUAUCCAGGCUGCUCCGGGAGAGGGACGCCUACAAGGAGAAGUACGAGAAGCUGCUGGGAUCCGGCUUCCGAGAAAACGGCUCCUCCAACAGCGACAACCCCUCCUCCUCCCCGGAGUAUUUCAUGUGAGUGUCUCACCCUGAGCUGGGUGGGUGGGGGGCACUCUGUGUGUGAGUGUGCAUGGCACCUGUCCCCCCUGUCCUUCUUACUCCAUGUCCCAUUCAUAACCACUAGAAGAAUUUCAAACAUUAUUUCACAAAUUCAACUUUCCUUCCCUUGUCUUCCUUUUCCCAAUAUGCCCCCCUUAUCUUGUCUAUACUUUACUUUCCCCUCCUUUUCCUCCUUCUUUCCAUUUCAAUAUUUCAAACACUGCUUACACUGACACAUUGACAUUUCCAAACUGACCUUAGAGUUAGAGCUUAGUUAUUAUUUUUAAUAAUAAUAUUGGUUAUUAUUUAUAUAGCGCCAGCUUAUACGCACGCUUUACAAUAAGAGGGGAAUUUACCAAAUGAGACAAUAACAAAAUGUAACAGGAGCAAUAGGUAGACCUUAGUGCGUCCACCUGUCCACCCCCUCCUCACCCCCCCCCAUAUUAUUAUUAUUAUUAUUAUUAUUUAUUAUUAUUAUUAGGGGUGCAGUAGUGCCACUGGGGUGGACAGCAAUGUACUUUGUAUCACUUACCGUACAAAGUGAAGGUCCCCAGUUUAAUGCAGGGAAGUCAGUAUCCCUGUCAGCCCCAAUGAUGCUCCUCUGUCCUCUCCUAUUUAACAGGUUGAAAACUUUUGCCCAGUGUUUACCUAACAAGCUCGCCCCUCCAUUUGUAGUUAGUUGGCAAAUCUUUGCUUUUGUCUAUAGCUGUGAAGCACACUAUGACAGUGACUGUGACUACAUAUCUUCUUCCAUCUAGUGUUACCUCUGUACCUUCUAAUAGGAUGGGGUCAAACAAGUGAGAACCUCUUCUCACAUACUUUUCCAUUAAGGAACAAAAUCCUUGCAUAACUCAGUUCUACUACCUAUUAAAAUGUCUUGCUGUUCUAUGCUUUAUUCGUGGCAUAGACAGAAUCUACUGUAUAAGAGAACAUUAGAACAUUAUCUGUGCUCCUGCUGUCAUUUAGCACCCCCCACCAUCUUCCCUACUUACAUAUGGUUUCAAAAUGUCAAUUUCCUUGUGAAAAGCAAACCAAACCUUUCUGCCCCAAACCAUUGCUUGUUAACAUCACCAUUAUUUUACCUCUUCUAAAGUGUUCUGCUUUGUAUGUUUUGUGUAGUAUUUCCUCUCUAUGCUGUAUGUAUGGGUUCUUGUGCAUUCCUUUCUUCUUAAUUUUCUGACUCCUGAGGUUUCAUAUUUAUUGAGGGUGGGGGUAAUGUAUGUAGAGAAUUAGGGGGUGUCUUUUUUGCAUAUCAAUGGCCCUCAGUAAGUUUCGGGCGUGUUUGUAGUUACCUACAAACCUGAUUGUAUUGUAAACUAGCAGAAUUUGGGGGAGUUUACAUAAAAAACAUCUCUCCUUCAUCGAUCUCCUCUCGCCAUCAUUGUUCUUGGGCUUGUCUUGCAUUAAAUCUAUAUUCCCAGUUAGCACUCAUAUGAAGAUUGCUCUUUGAGAUAUGCCAUCCACUUUAUAUUUAUUUUUGCUUUGUUUUGUUUUUAAGGUCAUGAGUUUUUGAGCUUGCUGUGUCAAAAAGAGCGAAAAAAAGAGAGAAUUUUUGCCAUCCCGAGUUCUUCAUAUGAGCUUGCAAUAAAAAAAAAAAAAAAUGUGAAUUUUUAGACUAUCUCGCUGAAUUCAUCAUUUUUGAGAGUUGCUGUCCUAAAAUUGAGGAGACGUAGAGCAACCUGCCAAAGUAAAUCGAGCAUCAAACUUCAAAGUUUCAUGUGACGCUUUGGCCCAAAUGAAUGAGACUGGCCUGCCAUUAAAAUCCCAUCUUCAUCUCAUAUGCAUUAUGCUUGCUAUUUGUGUCUUAGCAACAACGAACUGUAUCUGUCAAAAGACUUUAUGGAAAAGAGACUAUAUUAUUAAGAUAGCCUGCAUGCUGGACAUGUAAGGUAUAAUUAUUUUUUUUUUAUUUUGUUCUUUCCUUUUUUAUGUUUUGCUUGGAAAUGGACUUCUGAAGAUUAAUGGCAUGAUAUUCAUCUAUAUUUUUUCUUUUAUGUUUUUUCUUUUCUUUUCAAUGCCUCACCACUUUUUUGAGUUGAAAACAAAAAAAAGUGGAACCUUGAUCCUCCCCAAAAUGUAAAGUUUGCAUCUGCUAGAGGGAAAACAAUCACCCCAUACCCCUAAAAAAACAAAAACAAAACAGAUUUUUGAAAUAUGCAAAACUUCAGACUUCAGUAAACUAAAACAUAUGAAAAAAUGCACUGAGGGUAUCUUCUCCAAAAGUUGGCAGAAAUUGACUUUUUUGUUAUACAAUGUGGCAAACACAAACAAACAAAAAAAGAACGUUAAAAUGUCUCUUUUAAAUGUAUCUUGUAUUGGGACUAAAAUAUGCUGUGAGCUGUGAUGCAGUCUAUAAGAAAUUGUUUAUUUUUAAAACAAAUAUUCUCCCUUUUGCGUUUGGUCGCUGUCAAAUGUGGAAUGCUCUGGGUUUGUAGUUAAUUUAAUUCAUGUCUCUCUUUUUUUUUUUUAUUAUAAAUCUGUUGGCCCAGUUAUAAAUGUAUGCUACAGAUAAAGGAAUGUUCUAGAUAAAUUGGAACAAGUUAGGUCUGUUUUAGAUGUAGAAUAUUUUAAUAACUGAUGCACUAAAUUGUUUACUGUUGUGAUGUUUGAAGGGGGUUGCAAAUUUCAUGGGGACUGAAUUUUUUUUUUUUUUUUUUCUUAAGGGUAGAUUGCAACAGCAUGUGCUUUCAACUUAAAUAGAAGUUGGGUAUGUGUAAAAUCUUAUACUUCACCACUGACUGUAUUUGAAAAACCAAAGUAUUAACGGGGAAGUGGUGCCUCUAUAUCUAAGGGGUAUUUUACAUUCAAAAAUGUGUUGUGUUUUUUUUUGUUUUUUGUUUUUUUUUCUUGAAAUUGAAGUAUUUGGGACUGAAUUGCACUAAGAUAUAACCUGCAAGCAUAUAACAGAAUGCAAAACUGUUUAGAACGCUAAUACAAAAUUUAUGCAGUUAUAAACAAACAAAAUUAAAAAAUGUAUGGCAUUACUGGACAGUUUAAAAAAAAUGCAGUUUUUUAUUUUAAUUUUUUUUUUAACAGAUUUAUUGUGGUUCAGAACUGGAUUUUCUGUAAUGUCACAAAUUCUACAAUCUUAAAGGCAAUAACCAGGAAAUAUAAACUUUUAUCAGGGACUGAUAUCAUGUCAUUUACAAAUGGAUCGUAAACUUACCGUAAUAAUUAUUUUAGAUUCAUGUUUGUUUUUUUUUGUUUUGUUUUUUCUUAAAAAAAUUGUUUCUCUCCAUAUUUUGCUGUGCAAAAUUGUUUUAUAUUUUGAGUUACUAACGAAAAGUGUGAUAGGUGUUUGUAUAUGUAUGUGUGUGUGUGUAUAUGUGUAUAUAUAUAUAUAUAUAUAUAUAUAUAUAUAUAUAUGUAUGUAUGUGUAUAUAUAUAUAUAUAUAUAUACAUACACAAUUUUUUUUUUUUUCUGUGCUUCGUUCCAUUUCACUUCUAUGGUUAUAUCUACAGAAAAAAUAAUCUACAAUAAUAAACUGCAGUUUUUGAUUCUGUAUAAAAACAUGUGUGGCGUAUGUUGAUGGCGAUUUUAUUGUCUGCGCUGAUUGAUUUGUGCUGGGCUAACAAUGAAUAUAUGGCAGACGUAUGAGGGGUGGAGAAGGGGGGGUUAGUAGGACCCAAACCUGUAAAAUUCGAAAGUGUUUUCUACUAGCAAUUUAAUUUUGAGAUUUAGUAUUGUAUAGAAGAUAUGUAUUACUUUUUAAAGCAUCCAGUUUAUUUAUUUAUGUAUUUUUUUGCUCCCAUACUCAUUCUGUGGAGCCCUUCUAUAGUCGGGUCAGUAUUUUCAUUUGGUAUAUUUAAACAGAUUUAAUAAACCAAAUUUAUUUUCCAUUGGGGCAAGGUCUUCCUAAUUAAGUUUACACCAACUGUUAAAAUGUACACAUCUUUACAUCUUUCUGCCUAAUGAGGUCCAGAAAUGAUCAACUCUAACAAACAGGUGUGUAAUGUAGUGAGGAACGUGGCAGGGAUGUGGACAGACCCUUCUGCUGGUGACAGUUCAGUCUGUGACUUUUAGUUUCUAUGGAAUCCUUAUAAUUGAGACUAUAAUUGCUGUUAUGAUUACAAAUCAAUCGAUUGACAUAAAGAAUCUUUUUGCAGGUUUUACCCAUCGCUCUGCAAAGAUAAUCGCCCUUUAUCCUGUUUUGUAUCUUUUCACAUAUAUAUCUAUAUCUACCCUUAUGUAUAAUUUUAUUCUACAGGAUAGCAUUCACUAGAAAACUACAAAUUAUCCCCCAGAAAGAUGAGAAGAUGGAUUAAAAAAAAAAAAAAAAAAAUCAAUUCAUGUCUGUAGAAGAUGGUUCUGUAGAUAGAAGGGGAAAAGGUGUCUUUGUGGCUGAGGAAGUUAGUGGUUUUAAAUGUGUUUUUAUAUUCAUUUCGUGGAACUUUUUGAGCGCCAAUCAGUAGUAAUAUUUAUCAUUACAUCACUGCUGUUCAGUAGGAAGGAUGGCAGUUUUAGUUGGGACCGUCAACCUUUGACAUUUGACCUCUACCUUUAGACCAUUGUUUGAACAAAGGUUGCAAAUUUGUAUUCCAGAUCAUUUAAACAGCUAAUCUAUAGUCCAAGGGUGAGGGGGAUCUAAUUUAGGAGGGAGCCCAUCUGUAAUAAUAUAAUAAUCACAGCCAACCUGUUAUACUAUACUUAAUACGCAUUGAGCCUUUUCGGUCUGGUGUGCUUGCUUUGCAGGUAAGACUCCUUCCAGUGAGGAAGGGGUUAAUUUGUAUACACAAAUCUUAUCAUCUCUCCAAUACAAACUUUAAUGUUCAGGGAUAAUAGUACAGUCAGACUGUGGAAGCCAGGAAGUCUGUCAGUGACUGCUCAUACCAGCCUUAGAUACAGCUUAAGUAAAACACUCUCUUUCCUGCCUUCUACCUUACACCGUAACUGUCAUGUAACCAUUCUAGAGAGGAGGGGGGGAGAUAUAAAAUAUAGCGUAAACAUCUGCCUUCUAACAUGGGUUUCAUAUAUUAUAAUCUGCCCAGUAUUGAGACAUUCAUAAUGCAAAAUAUAAUGAUUUUUCAAUAUUUAAAUCCUGCCUCGGGAGUUUGUUUUUAAUUUGUAUUUUUUAUUAUACUUUUUUUUUUUUUAAAUCUUGUUUCUCUCUUUUGUCAAAUAGAAGGGAUCUCAUUACUCUGCCAGAUGUAGGCACAUUUUGUCUGAAGGUGUUGAAAUGUAAAGUGUGUGUGUGUGUGUGUAACACACAGAUAGAUAUGUAUAUGUGAGAGAGACAGAUCAUUUCGCUUUCUAGAUGCCUUGCUCAAUUCAUAUCCAAUAACCGUGCAAUAGAAUUGAGUCUGAGUAAUUUGAAUAUUCUAGUUGGGGUUCCAUUAUGCAAGUAUGGUAGGUUUCAUCGCAGAGCCAUGCGACUCAACGUAACAUUAAAUAACCUCUAAAUGAGUUUGUGAAGGGUCUGAAGGAAAACGUGUUAAUCUGCAAAAAUAAUUAGCUGAGAAAUUCUGAUCUUUAACCCUUUGAGUGACUGGAGGAAGGUCCAGCUUGGCCUGUCUCUCCCCAUCUAACAGAUUUAGUUGAAGACAAGUCAAAGCGACUUUGUGUCGGUCUUCCUGGUUUGUUUGUUUGGGCGGUUUGUUGUUUUUGUUUUGUGGAUGCUUAUUAAUCAUUUUUUUUGAAUGUAAGAUGUCUUACAUUUCAUAGUAAUCAUCAUAAAUGCAUCCUAUUCAUUGAUCUGACUUUUAAUAUGGUAACAGUGAUGCUAAUGCAUAGCAGUAACGUGUCCCACAUUACCUGAGGUUUGUAAGACGAGAAAAGUCCAAUUUGCUCACAGCUUUUUCAAAGACUUUUUUAAUACGGUAAUAAGGAUAAUUUAUGCGAAUGCAUCUUAAAGUCAGGUAGGCCUCGCUUCCCAAAAGGUAGCUUAAUCUUUUAGCAAUAAUUUUUCCAAUUAUCACAAACUAUUGUCUCUGUGACACUUUUUUAUUUUUUUGUUUUAUGGCAUAGGUCAAAUCUUAGUAAUGAUGAAGAAAGCAGCAAAGAGGUUCUGUAACUGCACAGACCAUACCUACAUGCAAUACUGUUACGACCGUAUGAAUGCACUCGUUAAACAACCUUUUAGCUUCAAAAUUUGCAAAAAAAGUAAAUAAAUGAAAAAUACAGAUAUAUUCACUGAGUACGGUCAUACUCUAAUGAAUUGCACUAGAGGAAAAGUCAUUUUAUUGGCUUUAUACGUGAAAGCAAAUCCAGACAUUCCAACAGAACUGCUGCUGCUUACCACAAAAACUGAGUCUGCAGUGUAGAUGGUCAUAGAUAUAGGAUCAUUCACGAUGCUUGAGAAAUAUAUCCUUGAACAGAAUUACAGUAUCAGAUGCAGUUUAUACUUCCUGGACUGAACUGGUAAAUUAUGUAUAGGGUACAUUAGAAUCAUCUUUUCAAAUGCCACAGAUUACUAUCCUCUAAACACGGUGAUCUGGAAGGAAAUACAUUUUUUGUUUGUUUGUUUUGUUUUUUCUUAAAUCAACUUUAAAGCUGUUAAUUCUAACUCCGUGUAAGCAACACCUGUUUAGGAGACUGGAGUUCAGCCAGAGUUGUCAGGAAUAUAUAUAUAUAUAUAUAUAUAUAUAUAUAUAUAUAUAUUUUUUUUUUACGGGGUGGGGGGAGAAUUGCUGGUGAAGAAUGAAUGAGAAAGAGAAGUUGUAGAAUUAGACAUUUUUUAACAUCGUGCAGCUGCUCUGAAGUAUUUUAUUUAUUUCCAUUUCAUUAUUUUUUUUUCACGGAAAAAAUAGUUUAGCAUUUUUAUUUCAUUUUUUUUUUUUUUUCUAAUCUUGCUCAGCCCUGGAGAAUGUAUUUUUUUUUUUUUUUAACUAUUUCAUCCCAGCCAAUCUGAUAUUUUGGCAAGUGGGAUAUUUAUUGGCGCUUUUAUAAAUACUGUAAUAAUUUAUCAGCAUUUUUACUAUUGGAAUUUGUAUUGAAUCUAAAUAUAUUUAGAAAAUAUUAGUUAUUUUGUAUUCUGGAAUAGACUCAUUGAGACAUUUUCACUUUUCAGUUGUUUACCCUUAGAUGUAUUACGAAGAAAAUAUUUAUUUAUCGGCAGCAAGACAAUAAUUAGAGUGAGUGAAAAGGACCAGUAAGUCUCCUGGAAAAUAUAUUGAUUGAUUGUAUUGAUUGAAACGUGAGACCAAUGGAUCAAUUGAAUCUAAAUAAAGCAAUAUUAUUAUUAUUAUUAUUUUUUUUUUUAUAGCCUGGUGAUGGACUAAUGUAACCUAGCGUGAAUUAUACUACUUUGUUUAUUUUUGCGAGUUGUUCAUAGCAUUAGAAAUACACUCAUCUGCAUUAUUUUUAUUGCCAUAGUUUAAUUUGUAAGGCCAUUGUUGUUUAAUAGCUGUAAUUAUUAUUUUUUAACCAUUAAAUAUUUCAAAAUGCAGUGGACCGGAGGAUAGAUUUUGCUUUUCAUCAUUUAAAUUGUGUGUAGUGGAUCAGAGGGCACAUGACUUACCUUAAAGAUAUCUGGUUAGUGAAAUAUUGCUGGCACUGUUUGUUUUAUUUCACAGUCUGUCUCUGCUAAGCCUGUUGUAGAAUGCAUGACUGGAUAAGAGGAACAGGGAAAAAUAAUUUCAUAAGCAAACGGGGACUACUUGUUGUUGCAUCAUCCAGUGUCGGUGUCGGCUUACUUCUGCACUGCAGACCCUUACAAACUACAUAUCCCAUGAUGCUCAAUCAGCCCAACAUCAGGUUUUAAAUUAAAAAAAAAAAAAUCUUUAUUGUGCAAAAUGUUUCCAGCCAACCCAGAAAUUUUUGUUUUAUUUCAGCCACAACCCGUAAUUGAAAGAAUAUUUACUGACUUGCUCUGGGUACUUUUUUUUUCUUUCUUUCCUUUCCUUUCCUUUCCUUUUUUUUUUUUUUUUUAUUGAAAGAGUUUUAUGACUGUUCAAAAGCAUUAUCUAUUUAUUAUAAUUAUAUAUAUAUAUAUAUAUCACUUGAGGUCUGCAACAGAUCAAAAGAGUCUUAAGCGUCUUCAUCACUGGAAAGACUAAUUGUUCUUGUUAUGUGUGAGCAACUAUUUUGUAGUAAGCGAAGCUCACAAAUAUAGGGUGUCUAUAAUAGAAUAACUUUCUAGGCUCCACGCAAAAUUAAAAGUAUCCCCCCCCAACUCCUAUUUAAAGAUGUUGAGGUGUACAGAGAAAAUAUAUAUGUAAAUAUGCAACAGUUGGCAUUUCUUGGGGGGAGGGGGGGGUAUAUAUAUUAGUGUAUAUAUAUUUUUUGAAUUUUCACUGCACCAUAUUUCACCUAAAUUUACAUUAAAUGCCUGUGUGACAUAAGCAUACAUAAUUGUUGUUGGAAUUGUUUUGCUCUGAUUCGCAGAUUUAUACAUAUAAUUAAUAUAGGCCUAAGCCCCCAUAUUAGCCCUAUCCGUAAAAAAAAAAACAGAUUGAUCUUUAAAACUUUAUUUUUUAUUUUUUUAAAUACUUUUCAGAUUUAAAUCUCUAGCUCGAACUAUGGGCAGUGCGAGAGUUAACUAUUCUUAGAGAAGACAAAGAAAACCUAAACAGAAAUUGCGAACCAAUAAACUAUAAAAAAAAAUCUACAUGGGUCAUACAAAAUGUAUAACAUUUUUAGUUAUCGUUUGUAUCUUCAAAUAUCCCGCACAAAAACAAACUAUUGCAAUAGGAAGCUAGGAUUUUACAAAUGUGCUAAUCUGUUUAUUUUGUAGCAAAUCGCUGAAGAUGUAUCGGUUAUAGUCUGCUGUGCUGAGUUGAUUUCACGCAGUCUUCUGCGAGGAGUUUAAAGGAGAAAAAAAUUUGGAUUCUUAUUUUAUCAUUUCCCCCACCCCCCUUUCUUUAUUUAACACCGUCAUUGCAUUUUAACCCUAGGAAUUGGAGGAGAAUGUGUUUUAAUUCUGACAGUGAGAUUGCCAUGCACAGACCAGGGACUGCAUAGGAGACAAGCUAAUUUUAAUCAGCACAUCACAUUUCCUGUGUAGCUGUGGCUGCAGGUUUGUGUAACCCUCUCCGAUUUCCCCUGCAGGUACUGCUGCUAGUGCCAGCGAGGGAGAAGGCUUCUGGGUAAAUUCGCUCUUCUUGCUAAGGUAGCAAGUCGAGGUAUUAAGGAGAGCAGGAGAGCAAUAUCUGUUGUUGGGACAGGGAGGUAGCAGCGUGAUUUACAGCGCGCUCAACGCAGCCGGAAUUUAACGCAUAAUGAGAUUUUCAUCAGGUUUAAAAGGUGUUUUCCUAUUUAAAAAUUCCACGUGCUUUCCGUAGAUUAUAUCCCCUCUGUCAGACUGGCAGUUUUAGUAGGCCCGGCAAGGUCAUUCUGUCACACACUAAAGAGCACAUAUGUUUCUUGAUAAUUACUCAUCUCGAGACUUUCACUUUAUGAUUUUAGAAAGAUGUCUUCUUGUAUUUUUUUUUUUUUUUUAUAUAUAUAUAUUUUUUAACCCUCUGAGCUGCCAGGGUGGAUUUUUUUUAUUUUUAUUUUUUUGUGUUAAUUUUCUCUUCAGCUGUAAAGGAUGUUGGGAAUGGGAUCACAGGUCUAUUAUUUCUAAUUCAGUCUAUAUAAUCGUCUAAUCUCCCACUCCGUUUAUUAUGUUUGGCUCUUUAUGGCCUGUUUAGUGAAAAUUAAUACACUAACAAAGUGUAACUUCUUCUGAUGAUCACUCUGACACAUACACACAGGUAUCUCUAGGUAUUUGUGUGUGUAUUUAUUUAUUUUUAUAUAUAUAUAUGUAUAGUCAAUAUAAUGUGAAACCAAAAAUCUGCACACCAGUCAAGCCAUAAGACUUGCUCUUCCCACAGAAAUCACACAUGUAGAUAUAGAUGUGUAUGUAUAUGUGUAGAUAGGUGUGUGUGUAUUUGCAUAUGUCUUUUAACUCCUCAUAAAUGGUUUCUUUUUAGUUACAAAAUACAAAUCUCUAAUACUAAACUACCAUAUUUUAUUGUGUGUGUGUGUGUGUGUGUGUGUGUAUAUAUAUAUAUAGUGAUCAUGGGUAUAUAGAUAGGCAGGAAGUUAUGAAAUUAGUAAUCGCUGUAGAAUAAUUAAGGUACUGUGAAACUGAAUGACCCAGUUCUACUUUUAUUUACAAGAUUUGACACUUUUUUUUUUUUUUCCUGCCCGUUCUGAGUGGGGGAGUUCAGUCUAUUUUUUUUUUUGCAGAGGUUAAUUAAAAAUCAGCACGGUUUGUUCCUGUACUAAGUCUCAAAAUAUUAACGCACAACUUUAUUGUUGCAAUACUGGGUCCCAACAUUCCUCAAUUGAUACCUUUUGUCUAGGUGUGGACAUCUCAUUGUUGACCUUGCUUCACAGAUUUUGCUGUUUGUGUAAUGAGCCUUUGUGUGUGUGUGUGUGUGUGUGUGUGUGUGUGUGUGUGUGUAUAAUAGGGGGCAGCCUAGUCCAGUUGCUUCUAUUUCAUGCACAACAAAAAUAAUUUUUAUAUAUUUUUUUUUUUCCCAAGGAGAAUUUGUAAUUCUUAAAUGUUGAAGAGCAAAGCAUCAUUUGGGAGGCCAAAGUCUCAUGAAUUCCACAAAGAAAUCAGCUAUAGAAUGAGUAACAUAGAGCUCUGUUAUACACCUACUGCACUUAGAAAUGUGUAACACCUGAAUAGUCAAGUGGGUCACAGGUUUGAGCUAAAAAAGGGGUGCCCUUCUUCCUGGGUUUUUUUUGUUGUUUUUUUUUUUUUUAAAUCCUCAAAUAUUUAUAUCAUGACCACUGACGAACGUUAAAUCCAACAAAACUGAAAUGCAUUUUUAAAACCUAUGUUUAGUGAGGCGCCCUUGAUCACAAAACGUAAUAAACAACAUUAUUAUUAUUUAUAUAGCACCAACAAAUUCCGCAGCGCUAUACAUAUACUCCUAUUCUAUUUUAAAAUCUCUAACGUUGUUGCACAAAUUAAUAACCUGGACAGCAGCCUGCCAACUCUGUAGCUCACAUGAUUACCUCCUCAUAUGCUGCUUGCUACCAUCAGUCCUUAACCUAGCGUUGGUUUUCCAUCUCACAGAGCUGUGCUUAGUUGCAGGUAUCCUAAUAUUCAUUGGUUAAUUGGUUUACAUCACCUGCACAGUUAUUUUAGUUUCUAAUUCCACUUGCCGGUGAUUAGGAGCAUUUAGGCACUUCUGUUGCCUGAGAGAAAUGUUGACACUGACCGUCUGUAAUUUUAUGGCCUAUUCAUAGAAUUUUUUUCGCUUAUCCUUGAUUUAUUUCAGUCUGCCGGCAAUGUAUCUGCGUCCACAACUGGGUCUCCCCAUAUUUAAACCGCUGCUGAUGACAUCGGCAUUAUAUAUUAUGACAUGUGCGAGACUGCCAGCAGUAUCUCCGGGGUUUAAAUUUCUGCAGUGUGUUACAUAAUACAGCUGUGUACGCAGUGACAUUUUGCACCAGGCGCCCAUUAAUGCAGCUUCAGUAAUGGGAAAAGAAAGUAGGAUUCCGGCCUACGGGCUAGUGCGAUGGCUGCUUUUAUUUUGUUUGGAAAUGAGGCUGCAGCGUUUUGCGUUUCUGCAGUGUCUCUUCCUGCUAGAUACAACUAACAAGUCUCUAUAUUGCUGCAGAAGGUAACACAAUCACAGCCGAUAAAGAAGGGGCUCCGCAACAAAAGGAACUAAAAAUCCUUUUCGUUGUUACGUUACAAUGCACUGUCGUAUAACGGCACACUAUCCCAUUUUAAUGUUAAAAAAAAAAUUCUCCUUUUUAAUUCUCAAAUUUUCUUGAAGAUGUACAGUUGUCUGUUUCUGGUUGUCUUUGCAAUAUAUUAGUGAAAUUUUUACCUCUGGAGAAGAACGGUGUUUUUCGGUUUUCAGAACACUGUGAUUCUUCUUAUAUUUUAAAGAAAAAGGCAGGAAAAACUUUGCUCUGAUUUUCACCCCACCCUCCCCUCCCCAUGUAAUCUGAACACAGUCUUCCUUUACUGUCUCUCUCUCUGCUCACCCAAUGUGUUUCAGAUCCCUGUGGCUGGAAUUGCUUAGUGAAAUCUAAGGCAAAGGAGUAUGAUGACUUGUUAAUUAACUGGCUGAUAUAGAGUAGCCCCAGUAGGGGAAUUGUGGGUCUCCGGAGGAGCAUUGCAAGGAAAUAACAUCUUCUUGUGUGUGUAAGCGUGUUUGCAUAGGGAAAGUUAGGUAGUCUUCUCUUAUUCUGGCUACCUAUCUGCUCCAUUCCCCCUGAAGGCCUGUAAUCUGAUUGAGUAUACAAUAAAGUAUCUUAGAUCGGACAGCAAUGCAGUCUCUGAAUCAGGCCGGAUGGAGUAAGUAUAGUAUUUAUUUAUUUAUUUUUGUCUGAGGAUACAAAGAGUGAGACAUCCUAAAGGGAAAACCAAAGAUAUUUAAGAAAGAAAAUUUGGCAGGGUUGGCUCUAAAACGUGCAGCAUAGUACUAAAAUAGUUUAAGGGCAAAAAAAAAAAAGGGGGGGGGAGUGGGGCUUCUGUUAAAAAUCUCAAAUUUCAUUUUUUUUUUUAACUGAGUUGCUUGCUUUACAGCAGGGAUGGCUAGACUGCAUUUCCCAUGAUGCUAUGCCAGCAGUGUAAUUGUCUGAGCAUUAUGGGAAUAUGAGUCCGCUAACUCUGAAGUUACCACAAGCUUGCUAGCUAUUCCUGUAUAAGUGAAACCCUGGCUGUGUGCUAGACUAGGAACCAGCUCAGUGUCCUUCAGUAUUUUAAUUGUUGUGAAAGUUCUAGAACACAGAAUUAAAGCAGGAAGAGCAGCCAUCUUGUGUCGCCGGAGCUUCUCAUACUAAUGUAAAUUGGGCGUACCGUAGUGUCCCUAAAACAAACGCUUUAAUGUCUGCAGUCUGCUAAUCUAAUUUUAUUCAUAAAAUAUGCUGUGGGUUGAGGGAGAAGCAUUCCUCUUAGAUUGAAGACGAGUAUUGAUGCUUUAUUUACUGCAAAGUGGUGUGAAUUACCAGAGAUCUCUAUAUCCAAACAUUGUUUUUCCAUGCAAUAUUACUGGGGACUCUGUGCAGCUACGUGGAUUGCCAAGAAUGAAUAAAUAAUUAAAAAUACGCAAAAUGCUCUCUCCUUGUAUGACAACACCGUAACAAAAACUGAAAGACUGCAAGUGUAUACAUUAAAAAUAUGUUGACAAAGAUUUGCAUUUGUUAAGUAUAUAUUAGUUAUUUGAGGGAUAAUUUCUUCAUACUAUCCAAUUCCCCAAUAUUACUCAAUAACUGUUCUUAGAUGAUCUCUGGCCAAUUAAAUUCUUGUAGAGUAGUACUGGGAUCUUGCUGUGCAUGCGUGGCAAUUAUCUCACAGAGAAGUAUUAUCCCACUUCUCCUCUAUGGGAAGCAUUCUCUGCAUUCAGCAUCAUUAUGCUCGUUGUGAUGAUGUUCAACAGAAAGACUUUUAAUUACUGAAAAUCUUCACUAGGAUGUGCCUAUAGUGGCUUUUUGAUUGACCGCAACUGGGGGCAUUCAGACUAAAGGGUAACAAUAGCUGUUUCUCACAUAGGGCAAUGCCUAUACAGACACUGAUCACUUACCGACCGGGUUCCGUUCCUAUGACCCGGUCGUAGAACGAAUUGGUCAGUAAGUGACGGCUCACACUUACGAAUGGUCGUAAGUGCGAGCUGUCGUAAAACAGGUAGGUCGCUAAAUGAGGACCACCUGUAUUUGUGACACCAAUUGGAAAGGGUCUACGUACCAAAACCACUAUAUUUCAAUGUAAUAUUUUUGAUGCUUAGUGUGUCCCUCUAUUGUACAGCUCUAUGGUCGAUAACCUGUAGGCCGCAACUUGCGAACGACUGGACAUUAAAUAGCAUUUUGAUUAUCUGUGUUUAGAGAUUUAAAAGGUUACUCACUAAUGUGUGAUUUUUAAAAUUUCAUCCACAAUAGCUGACUGAAAAAAAAUCUCCAAGCCAGCUAGGAUAGUUUGGGCUAAAAUUUUGAAUUUGAAUUUGACACUUUGUUGAAUAGCACAUUUGAUCUGUGGAAGGGUUGCUUGAAAGAUGCCAUUCGUUUUAGUGGUAAGCAGUCAAAAAUGUAAAAAUAAAUUACACCCCCAAACACUGUUUCAGUAUGGAGUAACAGAACAUCUGGUCAAUGUGAUUAAUAUACGGACCAUCUCUAGGUAGUUUGGGUAAAGACAGAACGUGGCAUUUAGAUUUUCAUGACUGGAACGUUUCCAGACUAAACUUCAGGAUAAAUGAAUAUUGUAUUGAUUAGUCACUAAAGUGGGAAUUGUCAGGAAUGAAAAAAGUAAGUUUUUUUUUUUUUUUCUUAUUCUUCUUCUUAAGGGAAUUUAAAAUUUUAGACUACUACAACCAAAAUGGAAACAUUUGUCAAAUUUUUAUUUUCACUUUAACCGUUUUGGAGUAAAUGUUGGAAUUUGCCUAAAAAAAAAAAAAAUCACAUGGAAUUUUCAAACCGCUUACACUUUUGUCAAUAACCCUGUUCGUUUUAGGAGGGUGUCUGCAAUGCUUUGUAACGCGUAUCGUUUAGUGAUAAGUUUUUCCUCAAAAUGUUUUUACUACAAACUUCUUAACCAUUCUGGAAUAAGCUCAGUCCUGGAGCUCUGUAUGUCUGUAAGGUUCUAAAAGGUUAAUUUCUUAAUCCUGACAAUGUCUCCACUUUCUGAUUAGGAUAAAAAUAAGGUUCAUAUUCUUAUUUCAUGCCUGCCAACCAUACCUAUUUUGGGCCUGCAUCUCUCCAUUCUAGGAACUCCACAUUAUUGGUAUGUUUGAGUGUAUAAUGUAUAUUGUUUAACUACAAUAAAUGUGUUUAGAAAUCUAUGUAAAUAAGAUUCAUGGUUAUUGAUCUAAGUUACAUUUAGUUUAACCCCUUAAGGACACAUGACAUGUGUAACAUGUCAUGAUUCCCUUUUAUUCCAGAAGCUUGGUCCUUAAGGGGUUAAUAAAGUAUUAGUAAGUCAUCUAAAAUCUUUCAACACAGCCCACCCUUUUUCUCCAUUUGUAUCUUAUUCUACCAGUUCUAUUACAUCAUACCAUAACGGACAGCCCUAUCUUGCUGUUAGUGUAGUUCCUGAAUGUAGAGUUAGGAAGAUGAUGAAAAUCAGUGGUGGUUUGUGUGCGGUCAAGUGGACAGAUCGAAAGCCCUUAUUCCACCGGAGUUCAGGUUACUAGCAAUAUAGGAAAAGAGACCUUUAGGAUAAAGAUAAACUUAGCAAGCCAUGGGUCCAAAUAAGUAUCUAAAUACAUUACAUAGUUGUUUGAAGAAUCAAGGCCCUUAGCCUGAUUGUUCAAAAGCAGAUUUUUAUUGAAUAGAGUGUGUGUUUUUUUUUCUUCUUCUUAUAAAUAAGGAUAUUAAAAUGCUUUGUAUUUCUCCAGUACAAAAUCCUGGAUAUGCCAUUGUGAAAAUCGGAUGCCAAUUCCCUUUUUAUUUGUAACUCAUCCAUUGUAUACAGUCCUACUCCUCUAUCGUGUCAUGCAUUUAAGUCCUCAUUUAUUGCCUCCUCUUUUAUUUCAGCUUAUCAGGUGAUUGCUCCUGCCUUUAAAUGCUGUUUGGAAAAAAAAAAUCAAUCCAAAAAAAAAAAAUCAAUAAAUACAUAGUCUUAUUUUCAAUUCAUUUAGUUCCCAUAGGUAGACAGACUGAUUCUUGCCUACAAAUAGCCUGAUCUGAAAUACAAUUGGCAUUAUCAACAAUGCAAGACACUGAGGGGUGUAUUCACUAUACCCUUGCAGGGGUUUUAGAAUGGAAUUUCUAAAUUUAGGCCGGAACUGAAAAUUUCUCCCAAAUCGGCACAACUGACAUUUUGUCAUUUGGUUUUCAAUUUACUAGUUGUUUGGUUGAUUUUGUUUUCAUGAAUAAACCUCAGUUUGUUUGUGUUGUUGUUGUUUUUUUUUUUUGUUUUUUUGUUUUUGUGUUUUUUUUAUUACACAUUGGUUAUAUUUAAAAUCUUUUAUUUUUAGUUUUUAUUUGCGUAUGGAAUACAUAAUCUAUGCAAAAUUAUUCAAUCUGAUUACAUGAUCAAACAAGCCUUUUAGAAUAGACAUCAUUUUAUAAUAACAUAUAUAAAUUUUAUUAAAUUUUCACGUGUGUGGAUGUGUGUGUGUGUGUAUAUAUAUGUAUGUAUAUAUAUAUAUAUAUAUAUAUAUAUAUAUAUAUAUAUAUAUAUAUAUAUAUAAAUAAAAUGUGUGAAUAUACACACACACACACACAAAGUAAAGACAGAAGCACUCUCUGUUUUCCAAGUGUAUUCAAAAAUUAUCACAAUCUAUACAUCGUUUCGACCCUCCAGGUUCUUUAUCAAGACCCUAGAGGGUCGAAACGUUGAUGUUUAGAUUGUGAUAAUUUUUUAAUACACUUGGAAAACUGAGAGAGUGCUUCUGGCUGUACUUUUGUAUGCUCUGCUGGGAAGCUCCCCAGCAUAGUUUCACUUUUAUAUAUUUUUAGGUUGAGUGCCAGAGCCUGGAUAUAUAUAUAUAUAUAUAAUAGAGAGAGAUGUGUGUGUGUGUGUAUAUAUAUAAUAUAGAGAGAGAGGUGUGUGUGUGUAUAUAUGUAUGUAUGUAUGUAUAUAAAAUAUACCCUCACACACAGGUGUGAAAAUUGGAUAACAUUUUCUUUCCUCCCUCUUGAAACUGAAUGCAUUAAUAACAGGAUGAAUUCAUCCCUGGCAUGAAAGUAGAGGUCAUAUUGAGGAAAAUGACACCGAAUGUCUAAAAAUGUCAUCUACUUGAAAAGAUCUCUGGCACAAGGCCAAGAUCAGCAUUUAAGGCAGCACUGAUCUUGUGCUUCACAAGUAACACUGCAGCACAUCUGCAUCUCCGAAAUCUUGCAGUGGCACCUUAAACAGAGCAAGAUAUCAUUUGUUACACUGCUAUAUAUUUUCUUUCCAUCUCAAUAAACAGAGGCAGGCUUCUUUAAUUUAAUGAGCCAAACGAAGCCUGCCAGAGUUUUCUAAUCCAGAGGAUCCUGAAAAUGUGAAAGGCCUUUUCACUUGUUAGACAAAUGCUAUAACUAUCAGUAAAAUUAUCCUUCUAAUGUUGGACUCUCUUGUCAUUUCUUCAAAGUACAAUAGGGCUUUAUUAAUACUGCCCCAAAGUAUCAUUUAUUCCAAAGCAUCUAUUACAGGAAUCAGCUGAACCCCCUUACAACAAUGUGCGAACUGAACCUAUGCAGUUUGGAGUUAAUUCAGGAGGAUUGAGGGUCUGUGUAUGUACUGUGGUAAGAAGGGACAUAUGAGGUAGACAUGUGCAAUUCGUUUCGGUCCGAAUAUGAAUUCGGACGAAUUUCGGGCAAUCCCUAUUCCCCCUCGCAGCCCCCCUCUCUUUUUCUGGGUUUCUGAGUUUCGGGAUAUGCAAGGUAUUUCGUUUUUCUCCUUCAUAGUGUGAAUUAUUUAUUUAAUUUUUUUAGAAAUACGUUGCAAAACAAAUAUUUUAUAUUGAAAUUAAGUAUUCAUGUGUCAUUUCCUGGGUUGCAUUAUUUUAGGGUGUAAUUACAAGUACAGUACACCAUUUCAGCACCUCUUUUUUUUUUUUUUUUAAUUCAGAUUUUUCUUGAAAAGACAAAAUUCUAUUCCUAGUAUUUAGAUACUUUAGUAUUAGAGAAUACAUAAACCAUUAUUUCACUGAAGAUUGUUUUUCUAAAUAUCUCUAAUAUUCAGAACAACUUUCCGACCUGUAUUUUUUAUUUUUUUUACUCUGUAACUAAAUUAAAUUUUUUCUUUUUCUUUUGGAUACAACAUCUUUUCUAGAUUAAGAUGUGCCAAAUAAUUUAUUUUGCUAACUGUUAAAUGUCAGCAUGUAGGUUUUUCUCGUGUGGAGUGCCCCUAUUAUUAUUAUUAUUAAUAAAUGAAGUGACAAAGACUCAAAAUAAGACUAUUGCAGUAUGUACAAAUAUGCUUUUUCUUUUUUUUUUUUUUUUUAAGCAUAAAAUGUUUUUACGAUGAGCAUUUGAGAUGUACAAAUCAUGUUUAAACAUAAAUAUUUCAAUUAUAAAGUGAGUUUAUUACAGUUUAAAAACUGUUACUUCUGUAAGUAUUAUAUUAUAGAUUUAGUUUAUAUAUCUUAUAUAUUUGUGUGUGUGUGUGUGUGUAUAUAUAGUUACAUAGCUGAAAAGAGACUUGCAUUCCUCACGUUUUUGCUGUUGAUCCAAAAGAAGGCAAAAAACCUAGUCUGAAGCAUGUCCAAUUUUGCAACAAACUAGGAAAAAAUUCCUUCUUGACCCCAAAAUAGCAGUCGGGUAUCUCCUUGGAUCAAGCAGCUAUUACCCCACUAAUUAGAAAUUAUAUCCCUGUAUGUUAUGUUUUUGCAACUAUUUAUCCAAUUGCAGUUUAAACAUCUGUAUGGACUCUGACAAAACCACCUCUUCAGGCAGAGAAUUCCAUAUCCUUAUUGCUCUUACUGUAAAAAAACAAAAAACAACCUUUUCUUUGCCUUAGAUGAAAUCUCCUUUCUUCCAGCCUAAAUGUGUGACCUUGUGUCCUAUGUGUAGCCCUGUUUAUGAAUAGAUUUCCAGAUAAUGGUUUGUACUGGCCCCGGACAUGUUUGUAUAAUGUUAUCAUUUCCCCUCUGAGGCACCGUUUUGUCAAACUAAAGAGAUUUAAAUUUUUUAACCUUUCUUCGUAACUAAAAUGCUCCAUUUCUGUUAUCAAUUUUGUAGCCCGUCUCUGCACUUUCUCUAGUGCCAUAAUAUCCUUCUUUAGAACAGGUGCCCAAAAUUGCACAGCAUAUUCAAGGUGUGCUCUUACCAGCGAUUUAUUAAGAGGCAAAAUUAUAUUUUCAUCCCGAGAAUUUAUGCCCCUAUUUAUUCAUGACCUUACUGCCCUUAGCUACUGCAGUUUGACAUUGCAUAUUGCUGCCUAAUAUAUAUUGUAUUUACAGUUUAUAGGAAAUAACUAGAAUUCUCUUUAUUUUUUAAUGUAUUAAUGUGUUGUUUUUAUUUGUCUAAGCAGCAACAGAACAAAGAGUUAGAACAGUAUUUCAGUAGUAAUUUAUUUGUUUGUAUUUUUUUUUUAUUUUUUUUAUUUACUUUAUUAUUGAACACGAAAAAAAGACAGCGGGUUAUUUACUUGCAGUGAAUUGAAAAGCAAAUUGCUAAUGUUGGGCAAAAGUACUGAAUUUUGGAGGGGUGGGGGAGAAUCAUAAGCUCUGUAAUCAUAGCUGGGCAUUUUUUGUGUGCAAUUUUGUGUACUUAUUUGUCUAUGUAAAUGUACCUCUAAAUUUAAUUUAUAUAUAUAUAUAUAUAAUAAAAUAUAUUUGUACACACACAUGCACUUGUAAGCUGUACAGCACCAAACUGGUUAUUUUUUUCUUAUACAAACUCCAGCCUCCCUGCUGUAUAAAUGUUUUAUUAUUGCAGACAAGAUCCUAUCAGUGUAUUUAAGGUGCUGUGAGUGUGAAAUCUUUCUGUAUUAAAUUUGUGAAUAUUCAUGACCCCUUGUUUCUUUUGAUAUAUCUGCUUGCCCAGGUACACUCGGGAAUCCUCCACAUCCGUGAUGUGAAAAUCGUUGAUGCCUGAAGUUCAAAAGGUACGUCUUGGCUUUACAUUCUGCGCUUGUUGAAAAUAAAUAAAUUAAAAAGGGCUUGGAGUUACAUGCAUGUCUACAAAUAGCUAUUGAAUGCUGUAAAGUGUAUAUCGAGGAUAGGGCGGAAGAGCGUUCUUUAUACAAAGAGUAGUGCACAUCCACAAUCUGUUUGUAUAAUGUAACGUCCCCGGAUAUGAAUAAAAUACCACCCCGGAAGUUAACGCCAUGUCUGCCAGAAGUCGCUCAGUAAAAUUAAGCGACAUUGUAACUGUAACCUUAUUAAACACGAUGGAACUUAAAGUCUACCAAAGCCAUAAUGCUAGGCAUUGCCACUGUGGACUGCGUGUUAAAAAUAUGUAAUUUACUUAGCUAUAUUUAGCUUUUUUUUAAAUUUUUUUACAAAUAUUUUUUUAAUAAGUUUAUUGGGUGGCAUUUUCAUUCUAUUUCUAUCAUUAUUUUUAUUAUGUUAUUUUUAUUGCAUCCUUUACUGGUUGUUCUAGUUUUUAUGUAUUUUGUCUGUGGCUUUUUUAAGAUUCCUUCGGGAAAAUCUAGCAGAAUUCUAAUUUUGCCUAAAACACAGAACACGACUUAGAUUGAGUCGAAAUGUUUCACCUGCACUACUAAGAGUAAAGAUUAGACUUUACAGAGAAAUAAUCAUUCAUUCUAAGUGAUCAGAUCCUCUUUUUUUUUUAAUUAUUAUUAUUAUUCUGUGCUUUCCAUGUGGCAUGGUAAGCUUUGUAUACAUUUUUACCAAUAUAGUACAAUAACAAUGGGAAAUAUUAUUUGAUAACAUUUGUAAGAUUUUUCUGUAUUAUAUACUUAGUUUCUGGUUGUGGGUUUUGUUUUCAUUUUGUAUCCUUUUUCUGAGUUUGCUACAAUGUGAUAAAUUCAUUUGGAUUCUUCUGGCCAUUCGAUAUUUUUGCGCAGAUUAACAAUAAUUUAAUGAUAUGUUAUUAGGACAGUUUGUUCAUUCAGUUUUUUUUCUUUUUUACACAACAUAUGUUAUAUAUUUUAUUUUUUGCCCUGUAACACAAUGUCCCUAUUAUUGUGAACAUACUGUUACUUGAUAUACUUUGUUUACUGAGCUCUAUUACUGUGGACAUAGUGCUGUUUUGUCCUCGUUACUGUGGCCGUAGUGCCGUUGGUCCUCGUUACUGUGGCUGUAGUGCCACUGGUCCUCGUUACCGUGGCCGUAGUGCCACUGUUCCUCAUUACCGUGGCCGUAGUGCCACUGGUCUUUGUUAGCGUGGCCGUAGUGCUGCUGGUCCUCGUUACUGUGGCCGUCGUGCCGCUGGUCUUUGUUAACGUGGCCGUAGUGCCGCUGGUCUUUGUUAGCGUGGCCGUAGUGCCGCUGGUCCUCGUUACCGUGGCCAUAGUGCCGCUGGUCUUUGUUAGCGUGGCCGUAGUGCCGCUGGUCUUUGUUAGCGUGGCCGUAGUGCCGCUGGUCUUUGUUAGCGUGGCCGUAGUGCCGCUGGUCUUUGUUAGCGUGGCCGUAGUGCCGCUGGUCUUUGUUAGCGUGGCCGUAGUGCCGCUGGUCUUUGUUACCGUGGCCGUAGUGCCGCUGGUCCUCGUUACUGUGGCUGUAGUGCCGCCGGGCCUCGUGACCGUGGACAUAUGUCAAUUUAUAUAUGCCAUGUUUUUCUGUUUGAAACAAUAUCUUAAUAUAAACUCUACGCAGUUUUGAAUGUUUCUCUUUCUGCAACACACCCAGAAUGCUUUGCAGAGUAUGUAAAUAAACAUCACAUUUGUGCUCAUUUGCAUAUCUUGCAUGGUAUUAUUGGUGUGUAGUGCAAAUUAAAAUAGAGUUAUUGUGACCGGGUGUAAAGCGUAUAAAAUGCAGGUAUUCUAAUAAAUACCUGAAAUAUAUUACAUUGUAUUUCAGAAUGUGCUAGAAGUCUGUAUGGAGAUUUAUCUUUGCUAGUCACAACACCUUUAGAUAGAUACUGCAUUGAACACUUUAAUCUAUAAACUAAGCUACUACCAUACCAUAUCGAGGAGCCCUAUCAGUGAGUUACUGCAUUCUAUGACCGGAUAAUCCGCUUCAUUUAUAUCUUAACCAAUGCUUAUGGCCAAAAAAAUAUUCUUUGAAAAUAACCGAUCCCUGCUACGUGAAUCUUUAGAACGGUUUAGCUUUGUUUUGCUUUAGGUGUAAAUACGGCACAUCAUAUAUUUUUCAGUUCAAUACAGAGUAUAACAUACACUGGCGUAUAUAUUCUAAUAAUAUAGAAUAAUAAUACACAGAAGGGUUAAAGCAUAUCUCUGGUAAGGAGCGUUUCCUCCAGCCCCUAUGGAAAUAUUCUGUCUAAUGUUACUGUAGGGAGAGAGAGAGAAAUCAAAUUUCAUCACUGAAAGAUGAUUGACAGGUAAGGGAGAGGCAGGAGAGACCUCUGGUCAGGGGGGAGAGUUUAGGGAAGGGAUGGACAACUGCAGGAAACUGCUGUUUUUUAGCAAAUCAUAACCUUUUCACAAACCAGUAUAUUUUAUGGGAUCUAGAGACUUUGGGGAAUUUCUUCAUAGAGGUUGUUUUUAUUAAGGCAAGAACAUGAGGCCUUGUGUAUCUUGUGAUCUGGGAGGUAUUUUACUGUUCAUUUGUGUGCAUUUGAUUAAUAUGAACUAAAAGCUACAUGCUCUCAUCACUGUAUAAAAAGUACACUACAUUUUGUCACGUUCUCUAUAAACGUAGCCUGUUUGUUUUUGUUUUUUGUGUCAGGGGCUCAAAAUAUGACGCCAAACUGUUAAUCUUUAUCUCUGAUUCCGUUUCGUGGACCGUGACAUAACAUGUAGCAACGUAAAGUCCACAAAAUGUCUUCAUUAAACUCUUCAUUUUAGCAAAGAGUUAGCAUUGCACAAAUAGAACCAACAGUAACAAAGUUCUUCUUGGCAACUGCCUAACAUUUCAUACACAUGAUUUGCCUAUCCGAACCUUAGGAGGGCACUGAAAUGAGGACAUCGUUUUGGUAGUGUUCCAUUUUAUCGAUCUCCAUCUAUUUGGCGAAACAUAUAAGUAGAGCUUCUAUAGAUAGACAGAGGUAUACAGAUGUUGAUAUAACCAUGAUAAGAGAAUGGAGAUAAAAUGGUUUGUAAAAGUGAAUUAGUGUAAAUAAACACAAAAACUUAGUGACAAAUUAGAAAAAAUAUUUUAAAAUUGCCAGGAGCUCAAAAGUGUAUGCAUUCCUUUCUUUUAAACACUUCAAAUAAAUAUAAAAUAAAUGUGAAUGGGUGGUGUGCUAUUACAUUAUGUAUAAACCUUGCUAAACAGGAAGCAGUCACUAUGUGUAGACCAACAGAAUGGGGUAAUUUUGUAACAAAAUGUUCUGUUAUAAAAAGUGGUUCAAACAUGUAAAAGGGGAGGGGGAGGGGGUGGGGGUGUCGCCAAUGGAAGAUGCCUAUUGACUAUGAUGAUUUCCAUGGUGAUUGCUUUUAGUGCUUUUUAAUAGAUUUCUCCCUCAGCAUUUAGCGUUACCCAGAAUUACACCUUCUUUUGCUUUGAUGCAUCUCCAUAAAGUGUAUUAUCCAUAAUUUGAACAGGUACAUGAACAUAUACAGGUACCGCUCACGUUGAUUAGCGCCUGGAUAAUUCGGCUCAAAUGUUCACAUUGGUUUCAUAAAAUGGAAUCGACUUUUAAGACGUAUACUGUGUGUCCUGCACAGGACUACCAUGCCAUCCUUUACACGGAAUUAUGAUGGCUGCCGUGGUUGCAUACAGUCCUGGGACAGCCACUUUUUUUUUUUCUUUCAAUAAAAGGGACUCUAAAUAGGUUAUCUUUUCUGAUUUCAUACAACAAUGAAGCCCCUCGCACAGGUUACACUGUACAAUCAAGGAUGAUUGUCAUGGUCACAAACGAUACGGCGCUUGUGUCUUUAUCACACUUCUUCCAUGGAACUGCUAGAUGGCUGUCAGGGCAAACAACGUGUAUCUGGGAAAAUACCUGCCAUUUCUACACCGCUUAGGGUUCAUAAAAUCCAAAGUUUGCAAUACAUUCACAGGAACCAUCAAUUUGGAGAUGCACACACAGUUAUACAGCUGAAAGUGUUUUUUUAUUUUUUAUUUUAAUAAUGCUUUUUUCUUUCUUUCUUUUACUUUCAGAUUAAGCGAUGAGGCAUAGGUUCUUCUCUUUUUUUUAUUUCCAAUGUUUCUUUUCACACAAACAACAAAGAUCAUACAUUAACAGCCAUGAAAUAAUUAUCAACUAAAUAUGUUGUUAAUCUGACGAGUGUUCUUCAUUCCCAAUCUGAGAUAUAAAUCAUGUAGUGCAUCAUUUCCUGAGCACUAGAGGAAAAUGAAACCAUAUUAUCUAAAUUGAGGAAGGAACAACUCAAAUCUGUGCUUCAAUCAUUCAUGAUAACUGUCUGUGCCAAAAUGUCAUUUUCAGGAGUAUCCCUCUCAAACGGUUGAUGACAUUUUGUUUAAUAAGGUUGCUGAUCGCCUUGGCUUCAGUUACGCUAUCACAUGAUGUGCUCCUAAAGGGUUACUCCAAACGCCAUAACCACUUCAUUGCUGUUAAGGUCUCUUGUAUACGGACAGCCACAUAGACCACAGUAAUCAUUAAAAGAUUAAUGUGAACCUUAUUGCUUCACAUAACCUUUGAAUAUACCCUUAGUAAAGCAGCCUGAUAAGUGAUAAUCUUUAAUAGUGUAGUUUUUGCCAUGAGCGCGUUUUGCAGUACAUGUAAAUCUGAUCUAUUCCUCGCUAUUCCUGAUUGAUAUAUCUGUAUUUAUGUAGUGGAUGUGUUAAAUGCGGCAUUGUCCUGUGUAACAAGUCACUUAUCAAAUAUAAAUGUGUUUCCCCCAUUUCUUUAUUAUAAUUGGAUGUAUAUAUACACGAAGGCGCGCAAGAUGUAUGUAGAAUGUCCGCAACAGAGAUUUCCACUUCCACCUGCCUUUUGUCCAUGAUAGAAUAUCUCAUCUUCUGCAAUCAUAUCUUACAUGCUUCCUGUAUUAUUGUAUUUAUAAUGGAAGCUAAUUUUUUCACUUUUUCUUGUGUGCGUGUAUGUAUUGUACAGCGAUACGGAAUCCGAAGGCGCUAUAUGAAUAUAUAUAUAAUAUUUUUUUUAUUGAUGAUUUUUGAACACAAUAUUGCAUCAGAAAAUCUAACAAGGAACAUAACUUGACAAUAUCCCCAAUUGCUACUUUUUCUGUUUUAACUUCCAUUUUUUCAUAAAUACUUGUUCUAAAUUAGAUAACCUAUAGCCAGAACAUAAAACUGGUAACAAUGUUCAGUGUGGCAAAAAUAAAUAAAAGAGCUAGUGAACUUAAAGGAACACUCCACGCACCAUAACCACUACAGUGUGCUGCAGUAGUGAUGGUACCAGGAGUGUCGUGGUGCCCCCGCAUUGUAAAUGAUCAGACCCUUUUAGAAUUGUUUGGACUCUUACCUGAGGUCUGCUACUGCAGCUUCCUGCUUCCACUACCUCUCAGUGCAAGCCAGAAGCUGUCUUUACUGAACCAAUCUCUGCAGCGCAGGACUUCCCUCAUUGACUGAGAGUGAUCAGCUGAUGCUAUUAGGCAAUGUUCUAUCCCUGCAAUGCUGAACUUCGCUCCGUUGAGCAAAUGUAAAUUCCUGAGCCAGAGCCUUCAGCUCUCACUAAAUUGUAGUGCAGGCAGUGAGUGGCACCUGGCAGGCAGGGCCAGACUGGCCCUGCUUACAGGGAUACAGGGAAAUUUUCCAAUGGGUUGUGGUACCUGGGGCCAGGCAGCGAGCCCAAAUCAUCAGGCUCCUGUAGUUUAAGUUUUUCCCCUUGGACUACGUCAGUCCGAGGGGAGUAGAGAGGGAGGGCCGGAGGGAGACCUGUCAAUCUCCCUACACAAUUUACAUAAAUUUUUGCCGCAUGCCCCAUUCUCUCAUGCAAGCCCCACCUCCUGGAUGGAAGCUCGGCCAACCGAGUGCAAGCUCCGCCCCCGUGCACAUUGCUGACUUUGCUGGAAGGAAGAGGCCACAAAAUGGUGACUUCACCUACCAGGGUAAGCUUCAGCCAUGACAGUGAUUGUGUGUGUGCCUGCUAGUGAGAGAGCUUGUGUGUGUAUGUGUCUGCUAAUGAGAGCAGUUGUGUGUGUGUGUGUGUGUGUGUCUGUGUGUGUUCCUGCUAGUGAGUGAGCUUGUGGGUGUGUGUGCCUGCUAGUGAGUGAGAGCAGUUGUGUGUGUGCCUGCUAGUGAGUGAGAGCAGUUGUGUGUGUGCCUGCUAGUGAGUGAGCUUGUGGGUGUGUGUGCCUGCUAGUGAGUGAGAGCAGUUGUGUGUGUGCCUGCUAGUGAGUGAGAGCAGUUUUGUGUGUGCCUGCUAGUGAGUGAGAGCAGUUGUGUGUGUGUGUGUGCCUUCUAGUGAGUAAGAGCAGUUGUGUGUGUGUGUGCCUGCUAGUGAGUGAGAGCAGUUGUGUGUGUGUGCCUGCUAGUGAGUGAGAGCAGUUGUGUGUGUGUGUGCCUGCUAGUGAGUGAGAGCAGUUGUGUGUAUGUGUGUGCCUGCUAGUGAGUGAGAGCAGUUUUGUGUGUGUGUGUGCGCCUGCUAGUGAGUGAGAGCAGUUGUGUGUGUGUGUGUGUGAGCCAGUGAGCUUUUCUGGCUGGCAAGACAAGACAUAGCCUUACAUAUUACAUUUUACAGUGUAUGGCACAAUGACUUAUGGGACUGGCAUAGAUUUUUUUUUUUUCCCAGGGCUGCUUUGUAUCCUAGUCUGGCCCUGCUGGCAGGCCCCAUGUAAGAAGUCAAACGGUAUGAAUCCUUACACCAGGGCACUCCUGGCACCAUAGGCAUGUGAGUGUGCUGUAGUGGUUAUAGUGCUUGGAGUUCUCAGAUUUUAAAAUACAGUUAUAAAACAGAGGAACACGGCGUUCCAUAAUGCACACUAGGGGCUCACCUAAAAUUCCAGUUUUUAAAAGAUUCAAGAGAAAUACAUAAAUGUGACUUAAUGGGGAUACUUUUAUCAUAUUUCAUUAUUACACAAUAUAAAAUUACAAGCUUUAUGGCCUAGUUCUACAUUAUAUUAUAAUAAACAAAUAUAUUGACUCCUUUGGUGUUUUUUGGCUUGCUCUAUGGUGGCAGCCAUCUUUAGCCCUGUUGGGUCAGAAGCACCACUUAUCUGCUAAGACCAUGCACAAUGUAAAGGUAGGAAACCGACUCCCAGUGCUUUUCUUUGAGAUGCUCAGCACUUUUACACGUCAGGAUUUCUGUGAAUGAACAAUUGCUUGUAUUAUUAUUAUUAUAUAUAUAUAUAUAUAUAUAUAGAUAUUAUUUUUUUUUUGCAAUAAGCCAGUUUAAGACCUAAGAUGCACUAAAAAAAGUUACUUGCAUGUAAAUAUUAAAGAAUAAUUUGCAAAAAGGAUAAAAUACAAGACUGGGGAGACUUAUCAAAGCAAAACCGUUACUAUUUUGAGAUACAAAGCGUAAAUGUUCAAUUGGUUUCCGUGUGGCCCCAAAAUAGUACCAGUUUAUCACUUAAUAAAUCUCCCUUGCAAUCUUUAAUUUUCAAUGAUAAAAAAAUGACCGCUUUAGUUUAAUGCUCCCUCUGUCCACCCUUGCCAGACCUUUGUAGGUCGUCUUCUGAAAAAUAAAGCUUUGCAUUGAAGGUGUCUGACGAUGACUGUAGUUUAUAUACAGCGUAUUUUAAGAAAUAAAUAUAGCGACUGCGUAGCAUAAAUUAUUGGUUUCAAUCCAACAAGAAAGAAUCCAUGUUAACAAUAUGUUGGCAACAUCUAAAUUGAAUUCUACCAAAUGUCAGAUGAUGCCAACCGCUGAACCCCUCAAAGCUUUAAAUAUUGUCCUUACAAAAUAAAAAAUUCUGGGGGGGAAAAACAUUCUGGUAAUGUCUUGUAAAUAAGGACAGAUGUGAAAUGCUGUUUUUAUUUACCACUUUACAAAAUAAUAAUGAAAUUAAGCUGACUGGAUUUUUGGAAAGAAAUCAAGUUGUUUUUUUUUUGUGUGUGUGUGUGUUUUUUUUAACAUUUUGUUAGAACACCAUAAGGGAAAUUGAAUGUUUCUAAUGCAUAGCUAUUUAAGGACAGUUUUUAAUAAAGCAAAUUGGUCAGGAUUUAAUGAUGACCGAGUCUGUCAAAAAUGGUAAUGUGCUAUUUUUUAUAAUACACUAUGACAUUACUCGUUGCCUUUAUUAGAAAUCCUUUAAUCCAAAAAUCUCAAUAAGGUGAUUGAUCCCCCCCAAAAAAGGUGUCACUUGAUUAGGACCCAAACCUCCUGUUUCCCUCUUCAUCUCAAUGCUUUUCUUUUAAAUGAGAUCAGAAUAUGUGUUGUAUGUGGGCAUAUCACAGGGCUCCACAGCAUUAAAACUCAUUAUUGCUAUUAGGUGUCUCCUACAACUCACAGGAACGUGCAGUACGUAUGAAACUCACAGCGAUGUGCAGUGUUUAUUAGGACGCUGAAGCUCUAUGCAAUAAAACUGUAAAAUGUGUUGUGUAUUACAAAACUAUGAAAGCUAUAUUUGGCGUGUACGACAACUUGCAGUAACGUGCAUGCAGAUUUUGUUAGCAUAUCACAGAGCUCCACAGCAUAAAAAUUACAGUUUGUAUCGGCAAAUAGCAAAGAGCUACAUCAUUAAAACCAACCAAAUAUGUAUAAACCACAGUUAGUGUGCAUGUAUGUAUAUGUGUAUAUAUAUGUGUGUGUACAUAUAUAUUAUUAAAUAUUCCUUAUCUGCCAGUUUGAACACAUGACAGAAGGUGUCUUUCUUUACUGAACUUCUAAUGGAAGCACAAGAGAACUAAAACAUAUUAAUAUACCUUAUUCCUUAUCAGCCAAUUAUACCCCCAAGCACCCUGCUUAAUACAAACGUGCCCCUGCCCAUUGUAAAUGACUCUAAGUAUGCUGUAGUGAGGCUAAAUAGGAUUGCUUUUAAUAAUUGCUACUGUUAAAGGAAUCGAUAGAGACGGGACAACUGUGUCUGUGGCAGGGAUCUGAAAUAAAUAUUCUCUGGAAUAAAACUGCGUGAUAGUAUUAAGUCUACGGCGUGACCUCGUGUUGCAAGCCCUGGGAUGUUUCUUUGUAGAUAUUAACACGUAAUUAGCAAUCCAAGCGAGCAUCCUACAUCUUAAUCACUGCCUCGGUGUGGGUGACGAUCACUGAGAAAGCAGAGAGGGCCAGGGAAUGGUAAUUUGUCCCCGACGCGCGCUAUCCGAUAACCAAUCUUAUUUACAUACAGCAAAGUGUGAUUUUCUUUCGGUUCUUUGGUUUUCAGUAGCAAAUGUGGUGUCUGCAUUUAUUGGGAAGCACCAGCCCAGAAAAUGAUAUACGGCUAUACAUAAUUAUAUCAAACUCCAGAAAACAACCCGUGUCGAUUUUGCAAUGUUUUCAUUAUUUUCUUUAAAAUAUAUGUAUUAGGUUUUUUUGUUUUUUUUCUGAUUUUGUGUAAUUAUUACAUUUUUGCUUUUACUGAUUUGGAGUUUCAUUUCAUUUUAUGGAUGGCUCCAUCAUCAGAAUGCCCAAACACUUAAGUAAAAGUAAAAAUAUUUUUGUACGUUGGAUAAUUGUUGGACUGAUCGUGAAUGUUAGCCAUUAAAUAAAAUAUCUUUUAGGCAAACUGUAAAAUACAUUAUACAGAAAUGGCAAAGAAAACAACAUUAAGUUCUUUUUGUAAUAUAAAUCAGAGUUUUUUUUUGUUUUUUUUAAUAUAUCUAAAUAUCUAUACAUAUAAUAUUGCACUUUUAUAAAUUAUAUGUGAUAUAUGUAUCUGAUUUCCUGAAAAUAUGUAAACAACGAAGAGCGUAUCUAGUUCCUAAGAGGGGCAGUGCUUAAUUGGGGCCCAAACCUUUCAGUCUCUCUUUACGAAUGUACAACUGAACUUAACAGCAAAAUAAUUCACAUUGAUGUGCCUUAAAUUACAAUAAACUUGUUUCGAAAUUAGUCUCAAUGAAUACGAUACUUUUGGAUUUGCUCUAAAUAUUUUCAGCUCUGUAAUUGUAGGUCAUGAAAUUAUAAUCUAAAAUAUCCCGAGUAGCUUCCCCCCACAUCACACCUCCAGGUACACCCACUGAAAUUGCCCUCUCUUACCAUUUGUAGUUUUGGGGGAAAUGGAAUUUAAUGUCUGAUUUCUAUAUCAUACCUUGCCUGUACAUCCUACGUAGACAUGAGUCUGGUUGCUCUCGAGGGUUUCUGCUUAAUUGAUGGAUGGUGGUUAAUUGUGGGGAGCUAGCUGGAUUUUGGGUUUACUGGCAUUUAUCCAUGUUAACUGGCUUCCUGGUCCUCUGUCUAAAAUGGGGUAUCACCACCAAUCAUACAUGUAGACCUGAUUCUUCACUACUGGUCUAACCCAUUAUCAAGGUUACAGUCUCAACCCUGUUUUAAUGUACCUUUUAAUCCCAUUUCUUCCUGUCCUUAAGAGGAGGGUACAUUUCUGGACUGGGAAUACUGUAACAUUCCCUGGCAAAGGAGUGUGUGUGUAUAUAUAAUAUAAAGAAAAUCUUGUCUUUUGGUUGGUGAAGAGGUCUUCAUGACCUUGCUUUGAGAACUUGUUCACUGGACUUGUAAAGUAAAGGUCACUGACUAUUCUAAUAGUAAUACAGCUUAAGUCUGUAAGAGUUAGUACUAGUUGCACCACCUGUUCUGGGUAUUUUGUGGUGCAAUUUUUGGCAAUCUGCAUUGUUAAUUAGGCUGGACUUCAAACUUUUGGCAGAUUUACGACCUUGAAAAAACAUUGUCUGCUGCAAAUAUAUUCUUCUUACUACAAAUAUUCUCAGUGGAACAGCAUGAUCACUCUGGUGACCUGUUGUUAGCUUCUCUGUAUAAUGACACGUUUAUUCCAGGAGACUUGAUUUACAAACAAAUAUGUAUAUACAAGUAUAGUACAAAUAAAAAAAAUAAUCUAAACUAACAAACAAAAUUUGACUUGGUUGACCUUGAAAGGUCUUAAUAACUCAGGAGCUAGAAGACUCUAAACAGUGAUAAUUGUUCACUGUGAAAGAAAUGCUAAGAUUAUUUUUUUUUUUUUAUAGCAAGCAAGAUGUUUUAUAACAAGCAGCUAUAGCCGUGUAUUUUGUAGUGAAGUGGUUAAUUUUAACAGUAUCCCUUUUUUGCUUUCCUCUAAUGACUAAAAUUACAUAUCUUUAAUGGUCUGGCCAAUCCUGAAUCUUUGAGCAAAAUCCCUCUCUGAUUGUUCUAGCAAGACAAUUUUUUUUUCCACUUUUAUUUUUCCCAUUUAAUUGUCCCCCUACUAACAAUGUAGCUCAUUCAAAGAAAUCUUUAUGCAACGUGCUUGCUGGUUGGCAUUUUUACUGGCUCACUAACCCAGAGGUAAAAUAUAAAAUGGCAUGGCUUUUUGCUUGCUAGCCUGUUGUCACUUGAAGGGUCCCUCCCUUGUUAACUUGAUAAAUAAUUUUACUAGCGGGAAUGUGCCGAGUUUUAUGCAUGCUGUCUAUUUCUCACCCGCGGCAAAUAAAUUUCACCACUCCGAGAGCACUAAAAUCUCAAACACGUGGUGUUUUCCCACUUUGCAGCCAAAGGUAUAAAAUAUUUAUUUUGUCUUCCCUUUCUAAUUUAAUAAAAGACCGCAAAUGUUUCAAAAUUAGCUUUGAAUGAAAAGUUUUAUGAUGCUUAUUUUUAUUCCUAAGAUAAUUUUAAGGCUGCUGCAUGUUUAUUGCCAUUUCGGAGGUUGAAGCGCAUGGGGAUCGCAAGUCAAUGCUUGCAUUUCAUGUAAUUUGUUUUGUAUUGUAUCUUUUUUAACCAACUGAAAAGUGUUAUCAUUCUUUAAAUCGUUACCUGUUUUAUCUUAACAAUUUAGUGCCCCAUUUAGAUUCCUUCAAGUGUAAGGGCUUACGGUUCAUUUGGAAUUUUGGAAGAGCAAAUGCAUCUGGGACGUUUAGAACUUCAAUAGAGCAAAGGCUUAUGGGACAUUUGAAUUUUUGAAAGUGCAUAUAAUUAUAGUACUUUUGGAAUCUUUGGGAGAGCAAAGUCUUAUGGGACAUUUGGAAUUAUGGGAGCACAGAGGUUUAUAGAAUGUUGGAAACCUAUGGAUUCAUCUUCCUGACCUUUGGAAGAGAAAAAAACUUGAGGAUGUAUUUUUUUUUAGUUUUUAUAUUUUUAUGCAGUUAAAAACAAAGUGGCCUGGUGGUUGCAUUAUAGGCCAGAUAUGGUGGUACAUUCUUAGGUUGUGGCCCGUGGCCCAAAGUUUUUUUUUUUUCCUGUGUCAUGUGUUCCGUAAAUUAACAUAAGAUAGCCAAACUGAGCUCAUGUUGGCGGUUAUAGACUAUUGCAAAGAUAGGAAACAUUUGGAACUCCAGAUAUUGGAGACUACUACUCCCAUAAUGCUGGCAAAGCAUCAGGAGAAACAUUGUCCACAACAUCUGAAAUGCCGAAUGUUGACCACCGGUGGGCUAUUUAAUGUGUAUAAAAUAACUAUGACUAAACUGCUGUUUAGGUAUAGUUUAAAGGACCAACAAAGACUAUACGUGCAUGUUAUAUGAAAGCAGCCUCGCACUGUACGUUUACUGUGGUGUACAUAGGAGGUUGAUAACCGGAGUAUCCUGGCCCCUGUCUUUGCCAUGACUGCUUUGACUUUAAAGAUACAUGUUUGCCACCAACUAGGAUGAUAGAUCAUGCUUGUGCUCUCACUAACUGCCAAGUCACAAUGCCCAUAUUCAUUGCUGGUUACAGUGUAGAGAUGAGCUAAACUAUAUUAUUAUGAUUAUUAUAAACACUUCCUGUCACAAUGAAAAGUACCAAACCUAUUUGUUAUGGUCAAUGAAUCUAUAAUUAUAUCAAUACACGUAAGCGAAUGUUUUGUUGCUGAGCAUUUGUAUGCUUUUGGUCGUGUUAAGGGAUUGAAAAGAUUUUUUUAUGUUUGUAUCUGAAAUGCUGUAGUUGGAUGUUUGCAGUUUGUCAUUAGAAAGAUUUUGCCAGAGACCCUGGAAUACCGAUCUAAAGAUGAUCUGUCACGUUUUUCAGUAUAGGAUUUUGUCUGUAUGUUGUAUUUUCUUGGUUUGUUUGUUUGUGUGUUUCGUAUGUCCCAAGUUAUCGUGUAAACAUAAGGACACAUUUUACCUUAUGGCUCUUCUUUCUGAAGGAUAUCGAAGACUCAUUCCCAAUUCUAAGUCACUUCUAGGAAAAUACGCUUCCUCUAUUCUUACACCUCACUGACUGUUAGCUUACCUUACAGUCCCCUCUGCCAUCAACCAACUUACUAAGCAGGGACUGCUAACGAAUGUUCCCAAAGUGUAAUCUGGAGUGAAAUUCCUCUAUUUUAAAUUGUCCCUCCAAUUACCCAAUUACUUUAAAAGGGGACCCCCUUUCAAAACACUAAUAGCAUAACACAACUAGAUUCUGAUACAUUUUUAUACUCCUCAUGAGCAAUAAAUGCUUUCCAGGCAUCUUUAGACCCUGAAGUCCAAUAAACCUUUUUAGAAUAAUUAUCCACUUGAUCUGGCUUAGCAUGAAUGGGACAAAUAAAGCUUAGAUUCUUACCUUCUUUUAUUCUUUACCAAACACUGUGAUUUUAAGCAAGGUCAAAAAGACAGAAUUUGUUGUAGCCAUAUGAAAGUAAUAUCAUCUGAUUGGCUGUACUAGUAAAUUAGGCCAAUGUUUAAUAUAUUUUAGUACAAGCCUUAUGGUGGUUUCUUUUCAUAUGUAUAAUUGUGUGUUUUACAUGAAUUUUAUAGCUACAAUGUGUAUUUCUUUCCUGGCAUCGUUCCCAUGCAGAUAGGUAAAUGUUUCCAUAUGUGUACCGAACAUUAAGUAGUUGGCGUUUUUUCCUUUGUAGCCUUCACUUCCUGUUUCUUCUCCUGGACAAGUAGGGAUCAGGAAAAUCCCCCAUUUUGCUGUAUGAAUGCUAUGUCCAGUUCCCACGUUUGAUAUUCUUUUAAUGAAGGGAUGGUUUUACAUAUUUUUUGGUUCGUAGAGAAAAGUGUUUUCCAUUAACAGGUCUAGGAAAAAUGUUUAGUCCAUUCGUCCUAGUUGUCUCCUUCCUCCUCUCCUUAAAUAGGUUAUCGAUCUAGAAAGGAGUCAUAUUUGAAGGGAGAGUGGGUGGCAAGUACACAUAAAAGAUUAGCACUUCCAGAUGGAUUAAGACCUAGGAGAGAAGGUCAACUAAGUAGGAGGGCAUGGUCGCCCCCUGGCAGACCUGACAAAUUUGGAGUGUCCGAAACCUGAGUGUAGAGGAAUGGGCAAGGUUAGUGGGCAGCACUAAUCAAACUUAAGGAUCUCGAAGAGAUUACUUUCAUAUUCCUUCUGGCAGACCUGACAAAUUUGGAGUUUCCGAAACCUGAGUGUAGGGGAAUGGGCAAGGUUAGUGGGCAGCACUAAUCAAACUUAAGGAUCUCGAAGAGAUUACUUUCAUAUUCCUUCUAUAUGUGUGUGUCUAGUCAUAUUGGGGCCACUUUCCGCAAGACAGUCAUGAUUUCAGGGUCCUGUCCCGCCAUCCUGGUUUAAUAGCCUGGUGUCCUGCAACUCUCCUUGGGCAGCAUAGCUUGAGCGCAUAAUUAGACAUGCUUGUGCUGUGCAGCGGGCACUUGGAGCAUGGAGAGAGAGCUUCAGCAGCACUCUCUGAAUGAUCCUGCAAGUAGGGGGCGGCCUGGAGGCUUUCGGUCACCCUUCACUGGGUGUACACACCUACUUCCCUGGAAGGUGCACCCAUUAUGGGUUCGCUCUGGCAAGGCCCACAGGAAUGCCCAACCACCUGUCUUGAUUGCAUACCUUCCAAUGUUGGAUGGUAUAGGGUCAUCAAAGCGCUGCCGUUCUCUGGUACAGCAUCUUGGAGCAAGCAUGUCCGUUUCUCCUUGGCCAAUCACACUGGUUAUAUGUUUAGUGUUUAAUUUAAUGCAGGCAAGAGAUAUUCAGAUGUACUUACAAUAUAAAACUUCUGCUUUUAUGGAGCACUUCAAAAAAUUUAUGUUUAAGAAGUUGUUUUGUAUUUUAUAUAUUCACUUUAUCUAUUUUAUAUUCUCUAUUUCUAAGUUAAUUAAAAUUUUUAGGGAACAAGAAGUCAAAAUGUAUAUCUUGCAUUUUAAAGAAUCCUGUAUAACCUCUAAAAUUAACUACCGGGUAAAUUACCCAAGCUGGCCUCUGCAUUUGUUCUUUGGAUUUUUCUCUUCUCGUCCUACUAUGACGGAUUUCAACCUGUGCGUUUUAAUAUCCACCUUGCUUUGCACUAGAGGAUUCUGCAUCUCAAGUUGCCUAUCUGCACAUAUGGCUGGCUACACAAACCUUGACAUAGUGCUCUUGGAACGAGAUACUAUUUUUGAGCGCUAAUUUGCCGAGUGAGUUAUAGUGCUAUGUACGUCAGGGACGGAUAGGAUAAGGAGCGAGAGGCUAAGAGAGCUGCAGUGAAAGAUAUAGCCUCUUACUGUGUUUACAAGCUAUGCUGCACUGAUUUCAGCUGACCCAAAAGGUAUCUCCUUCCCCAGGGAGAGAAAUGGUUGAGUCCCGGUAUCUACACAAUAUCCCUCUACAUCUGUUGUGACCUUGCUACUGACACUGAGUUAACCUCUGCAGUGUUAGAGGGACAUUUAAAGGGGACUAACUAAACAUCUCCCCCUUACAGGAAAAUAACGAGAAGAAAAAAAAAAUAGAUUUUUUUUUUUCUGCUUUUUUAAAUUUUAUUUUAUCUUUAAUAGAUUUUUUUAAUAAAUAGUUUUGGUUGAUUUAACACUUUUCCUGCUCUUAGAGACGAUGUUUCCCAAAGAUCUCCUUUAAUGUACUUUUUUAUCAAAAGUCAUGUUGCCAUAACGUUUUAUUUUUAUAGUUUUUUUUUUUUUCUUUCAUGUAACCCCUUGUUGGCUAUCCAAUGUACAAUAUAAAGCAACAUUUAUUGCAUUAAAAAAAAUUCAAUUUUUUUUUUUUAAAUAUAAGAAAAAUAGACUGCUAUCACUAAUAGAAUAAUUACUGUUACUGAUUAUUAAUUACAAUGUGUUCGUCAGAGCUACCUCACAAGUUAUUCCAUAUAUGCAAUUCAUAUGUCCCCAUUUCUCUUCACCCCGCAACCUCAUAACUCAAAUCCCCAUCAUUACCUUUAGAUUGUAAGCGGUAAUGUGAAUUUUAAACAAACGGACAGUGCUCUGUUCCUUUGUAUCAUAUUGUCUAUAUUCCCUGAAUAUGUCAUGUAUAUGUGCUAUAUAAGUACUAAAUAAUAAUAACUGCAUUACUCAUGUUACUAAGAACUUAGCAUACUCCUACUAAGUUUGUUUUAAACAUGCUUAAUCUAAAAGCAUUCUAAAUGUUUGUGUGUGUGUAAUAUAGUGUUAUGUAUGUGUACAUAUAUAAUAUUGUAGCAAUGUUUGUUUUUUAUUCUACUUGCAGAAUCUGAAGGCAUAAAAAUAGAAUUUGAAUACACCUACACCUGUGUACAUUAUAGAGAAAUGGUCUUUGAGUUACGCUUUGGUUUCUCAAACUGAUUAGCAGCAAUAAGCGACUUUGACCUAAUUCAGCUAACGUACAAACUCUGCAAGCUGAGUUUAAAAAAUAAAUGUGCUGAAACUCUGCUCCAGCCACGGAAAUAAAUGUUGAAAAAUGUUAAUAUCGGUUCUAUAAAUACCAGUGUUUACACAGUGUAUAUGGGCUCCGUGAGCUUGUCGAAAAUUAUAUUUCACCAUUGCACUGGAGAAAUUGAGCAAGCUCAUGCAUUUAAAGCACAUUUAUAACCCCCCAAAAAAUAAAAACUCUCUUGGGAUUCUGUGUCUCUGUUAACCUCUAACUUAUGUCUAAAAAUUAGAUAUUUAUAUAAAAAAAGCUUUAUAAUAACCCCAUUGUAUCAGCACAUGAACGAAUUAUCAUGCAUAAUGUGGUUGUAAUAGCAGACGUACCACAAUGUCUGCAUAUGUGUGUAUCUAUAUCUAUAUAUAGAUAGGUACAUAGCUAAAUAGAUAUAGAUCUUGUACAUUUUUCAGUCUGCAUCCACCUGUCUCUUUUGAGCAUGACUUUUUUUUAUUGUUAAAUUUAAUGCUCUUGUGGUUAGCUUAGCUUCGCAAUGAGAUGGUGAAUAGGGUGGUGAUUUCUGGUUUGAUAGAGAGGCAUAGCAGAGACUUCUGUAGAAUUUUUAACCAAGCUUUGCUUGCCUGUACUUUGCCAUUGCUCCCAUUGCUGAAGCCCUAUGUUGGGUUAUGACAAAACCAGGGUCUAAUUGUCUCACCCUGUCAUUAUCCCCGAGUCCUCUUUGAUAAUGAAAUACAAGUUACAAUUUCAUAAUUUGUGACAGUGACACUUUAAUGCACUGUAUUUGGAGUUAAAAAAUUGAAAUGAGCAGAGUGCUUCAAUAUAAUCUCAAUAUGUCAAUUAUUAUAUAAUGAUCAAUAAGUGCUUUAAAAUAGCACUCCAAUCAGACAUUGGUGUAAUAUGGUAUAAUGUAAAGUGAUUCACCUUCUACUUUAAAUUUAUGCAAACACAAAAUAUGUAUAAUUUAUUUUAUAAAAUGUUAAUACAAUUUGCAAAAAACGUUCACUUAGUAUUUAAAAUAAAAUGCAAAUAUCACUGAAUGCAGGGCUCGACAAAUCCCAGGUACCUGGGAUUUGUUGAGGUGGUUGGCUGCCUAUAAGUGGGAGAGCAUGUGCUGUUGGUCGGCUAAAGGGAGAGCAUGUGCUGUUGGUCGGCUGGCAAGCUAAAGGGAAGGCAUGUGCGGCCGGUCGGUUAGCCAGCUAAAGGGAAGGCAUGUGCGCGACGGUUGUCGGCUGUCUAGCUAAAGGGAAGGCAUGUGCGGCCGGUCGGCUGGCUAGCUAAAGGGAAGGCAUGUGCGGCCGGUCGGCUGGCUAGCUAAAGGGAAGACAUAUGCGGUUGGUCGACUAGUCAGCUAAAGGGAGGCAUGUGCAGCCAGCCAGCCAGCUGGGGUGUGUGUACAGACAGGAACCUCCUGGAGGAUUGAGACAGAUGGGUGAGGUAGCUGUAACCUCCCUCGCGCGUCCUUCAGUGAUGCCGGAAGCCGGAACAUGACAGCAUUCCGGCCCCUGCAUCACUAAACAGCGCCGAACCAGUCCAGCUCCAGGUAGGGAUGCUGGGUGGUGGUGUUAUUGCAGUGACACUGAAUGUGUGUCAUAUACUAAGUGAGUGUCAGUGAGCGAUUGUGUGUGUGUGUAGGUGAGUAAGUGUGUGUUUAGAUGACGGUCCCCCUCCAAUCACAUGAGUAAGGUUUUUUUUUUUUUAGGUUUUUACUUCCCUUUUUCCCCCCCACGCUGUGCUGGCCUCGCCACAGCUGGCACUGCCUCCAUGACUGCGAUCAUCAAUCUUGAUGAUCUCAACCAAUUCAAUGCUUUCCCAUAGGAAAGCAUUGGGGGACUAUUGCAUAUGUGUGGCAAAACACCAUGCUACGCCAAUCAGCAUCUCCUCAUAGAGAUGAAUUGAAAAAAAUACAUCUCUAUGGGGAACAUUCAGCGCCUACAUGCCAAGCAUUGAGACGCUAAAUGUAGGUGCUGCGUACUGUGCAGCACUGACCCAGGAUGCACUCUAGAGACCAUCUGAGUGACUUUCACGAGAAGUGUUACUUGACAACAGUGUAAAUACUGCCUUUUCUGUGAAAAGGCAGGGUUUACAUUGAAAAGUGUGCAGGGACAGGUUAUAGACAGGAGAACAACUACAUUAAGCUGUAGUGGUUCUGGCUCCUAACUUUUUUUACUGUCUCCUAGAUUCCAAGCAAAUUUGUCAAGCCCUGACUUAAUGUGUGUGCAAACGUUCCCCGAUAAAGUGCCAAGUACUUCCAAUGGAUUAGUAAUCUGCUUUCAUCAACUUUUUGAAUGCUCACACACUUUCUAGAGCCUAUAAAAUGGCUCUAUUCUUAAGGGGACACUGUUCGCACUAAAAUAACUUUUAGCUUUAUGGAGUGGUUUUGGUGUAUAAAUCAUGCCCCUGCAGUCUCACUGCUCAAUUCUGUCAUUUAGCAGAUAAAUCACAUUUAUUUAUUUUUUGGAUCCCUUGUCACACACUUCCCCUACGUGUGACCUACAUAGUCUCCUUACACAUUUCCUGUAAAGAGAGAUCUCAUGUUUAAACUUACUUUAUUCACAGUCUGAUUUAGAAUUUCUGAUCUCCUGCUCUGUUAAUAGCCUGCUAGAGUUUGCAAACUUGUAGACUGACAUAGAUCUCUAACAGAGCUCCCUUGUAGACUGGUGUGGAUCUUUUUUAGAGCCUCCUCCUCCUCGUGUAGUUUGACAUGGAUCUCUAUUAGAUCUUCCCUGUGGUCUGGCAUGAAUCUAUUUUAGUGCUCCCAGAUCACUCUGUGCAUAAUUAAGCAAGCUAGACAAUCUCUGUCCGGAAUCUCUGUCUGUGCUCCAUUCUGACCGAUAUCUAGAAGAAUUGCAGAACAUUCCUGAUGAAAUGCAGUGCUGUCAAGCCCUCCAGUUGCAUGUAACGAUUUACAUGAAUUCUAGUCCCAACAAUGGAGAGUAACCGUGUGGCACCCCUCUUUAUAACCCCACAGUACAAUAUUCUGCUUUCCAAUAAAUAAAUAAGUAAGAGCAAGAAGUAAUACAUUAGGUUUUUUCUUUUUCAUUGAAAGCCCAUUUGGUUGAACAAUGAAUUUGUCUCUUCCAGGACCCUGCCCGUCUGUGCAGCUUCCUUAAACAAUGAUUCUGCUUUCAAGAGGACAAAGAUAUAUGUCGAGCAUGAAGAUAGAUCUGUUCUAGUGCAAAAAGGAAAUGCAUUAUUGAUUGCUGUAGGUGCACCUGAGCCAAGCGGUACGCAGACCUGGCUCUGCAGACAUUGCAGGCACUAAAACUACUACAAGGAGAGAAGCUCCAGUGUCUUUUAAAUGGGCCUUUUUCCACUUUAAAAUCAUGCAUAGAGAGGAGAGAGAUAUAUUGCUCUCGGCAAUAAAUUGGACAUGUUCUGCAAAUAUUCUGCUUUUGUUUGGUGUAGGUCUAGUUGGAGCCUUCAAUGCUGUGUUGGUGGCAGUGCACCUGCUGUAGUGAUAGUGACGUAGGUUGGCCUAAACGCAACUGUUCUCGCCAGAAGUAGUCUGGGGCAAAUGAGACUCAAGCUGAGGAGGCAAAAUAAAAAUUCUAGGCCUAAGAGAGCGCCAGAUGUAUGUGUUUAUUAACAAGACAGUUGGACCUUUUUAUUGACACAUUUACAUUAUUGAAUGAACCACUUCAUUUUUAUAUAUUCAUAUUAAGCACAUGCUGUUUGCAUUGGAUGAUACUCUAUGCUAUUGUCCAAUAAUAUAGACUUACUUUAUUAGAAUUUAUUUUUUUCUAGGUCAUUGUGAUUUAAGCUGCUGGUCAAGAUGGUACAAGUUGAUUUGGUUGACCAAACUCGCUGUAUUAGAGCACCUGUGUGUUGAAAUUUAAACUUCCGUAUAUCACUUAUAAACUUUUAUCUCUGUGUUUUUGUUGUUGUGUUUUUUGUUUUUUUUAAUAAAAAUUUGUAGCAGAAUUGAAUUGCAACCAAUUUUUAAUUUUGUUUUCAAAUGCAUACACAUGUGGAACUUUGUGUAGUCUGUCUUCUACGUCUUAACUGAAUCACAGCGUACUUAUAUUACCAUAGUUAUUAAAUACAAGCUGUGCUUUCAAAUAGUGUUGUUGUUUUUUUUUUUAUUUUAUUUAAUUAUUUUUUUUGGAGGGAUAUAAGACAUUUCAAGAAAUGUCUUUCUUGUUUAAGAUAUGUGAUCAAGUUUUCUAUGCGUUCAAUCAUAAAUACAAAAAAAAAACAGGGGUUAAAUAAUGCUGUUAGAGUACAGUGCUUACAUUUCUUCCAGUUUUUUAAAGGAUAUAUAUAUAAAAAAUAAAAACCUUCUGCUACAGAGCCACCAUCUUGAAUGUAUAGCAGAAGAAUUUUACACAAUUCCCAAAUCUUGUCUACCUGUUUCUGCCACUCCUGUACACUACACCUAGGUUUAGUGGUCAGUCUGCCAUUGGAUUCUGGGGCAAAUUGGCUGCACAAGUACUUGGGAUUUCCUGUAGACAUAAUUGGGAUUUGAGGCAUCAUGGUUACUGAGGUUUAAGGUUUUUUUGUUUUUGUUUUUGUUUUUUAAUCCAUACCAAAUUUCCAAAAAGGUAAGAUUUUGCAACUUGGUUUCCUUUAAUGGUUGUCCAUUUUGUUUCAGCAGUAUCUAGCAUAGCAUACUGGCAUGCUAAUGAAAUAUUGUCCAACCAUCAUAUCCAUCUCUCCAUAUUUUGUUGUUGGCUUUCUACAACAUCCACAUCUCAUCAUCAUCGAGUCAUGAUGGUCUUGAUAUACAAAAAUCAAACUAAAGUGCUGUUUUUCAUUUUCAGGUGAAGUAAAGUUGGGGCAGCUUAAAGUGGAAGCUCCCUCACUCUGCUCCUCCAGUGACUUCAGUCCAACUGGUCUUCCUCAUUUUGGACUUACUCUUACCCAUGGAGGCCUGCUGUUAUUCCACUUUCUAUACUCUUAAGGACAAUGAAAAUACGAUCCACACCAUUGUAAAUACCAUUGACUGUGGCCAGGGUUUUUGGUCAUGAGCUUGUAAACUCAACACUUUCAGUUGCAUGUUUUUAUUAGGAUCUUUUUAAUGCUUUCUAUCUACUAUAUGGCACCUCUAUAGACAAACUGACUCCAGUCAAUACUUUAUGGUAAUAUGCAACAGGCACUUACGGGAGCUGUUCCUCCUUUAUGUCGGGUCAAUGACUGUCCGUGGAUUCUGUCUUGACACUGGGUAGAUCCUUGCCACGUUGAUCCAAAGUGUGUCCUCAGGUGAUCGUGUGGCAUCUUGGCUACGCAAGAACAAAUCCUCAUUAAAUACUCCAGCUUACAAUUGUAGUAAACAACCACAACCACAACCACCCAUAUUGCAAAUCCAUUUGGAUCGAAAGAUGUAUUCGCUUCAUUGACCAUUCAUCUUAACUUGAUAUUUUAGAAGACUUUACCUUCAGAAAGACCUCAGUGGGAAAAAUAAAAACUAUAAGUGUCGCACAGCAAAGCCAUUACUUUGACCAGUUUCACAACUGCUUUUUAUAUGUUGCUAAUUUUGGGAAGAAGUCUAUUAAGGAAGAUUGAUGAACAAAUGUAGGAAUGGUGCCCAGAAACAACAAAAACCAUGUUUGUAUAUACAUGUAUGUACAAAAUCUCAUUGUAUAUAAAUGUUCUAGGCAACCCUUUACCUGCUGGAAGAAUGGAACAAUGUAAUAACACCCCCCACACUAAUCGUACCCAGCACGAAAGUGGUCAUAUGCAAAGCAUGACUCCCAUAUAUCUGUACUUAUCAUAAUAUAACAAUUUGUGAUGUUAGAAGCAGAGAAAUCUUUGCCAUAGAGGAGCACUCAAAGGAUUAAAUACCUAUUUAUAAACUUAAGGAUAGAAGAAAAUGUUUUUAAUAAAUAUAUA